AUGUACAGACAAUCUCCAGUCACACGUGAAUCUCUCCCUAGCUUAUUCUUUAAGCCCACUGACCGUAGUGUCUUAAACGACUAUGAGUCAAUAGUGAAUAUUGACGAUACAUAUUUGGACGCUGCAAAUUAUCUCCAUAAUACUGUUUACGAGAAUCAGGCCAAUAUUCCAGAGCACGAAAAGUGGCAAAUUAUCGACCAAUGGUUGAAUGAUCUUUACAAAGAUACGCCACUGCCACUGUUUGAGAGAAACCCAGAUACCGCCGCUGCAUUGUAUGAGAUGGCGCUCUUUAAUAAAGAACAAGAUGCUGCGGCCGAGUUAGUGAGGGAGAACCGAACGAUGCACCGUAUUGAAUACGUUGAAGAAGAUAAACGUUUGCAAGAAAUAUUAAAAGUGAUUGGUAUAUCUAAAAAUGAUUUAUCUAAAAACGGCGAAUGUGCCAUACGAACAUUGUCUUCAUUGGCAAUUACACUUGGUUUGGGUGAUGUUGAACAAAGCAGUUACUUCCGAGCCCUGGCACAACUAAAUAUCGAUUCUGAAAGAACACAACGAAGUCGAAAUAUGACAAAACGUACGAUCGAAGAAUUUGAGAAUCAGAUCCAAGAGGCCAGUUUACGGCUUGAGAGAUUGAACACAAAUAAAUGGGAUUUUGUUGAAGAACAAAAGCUCAAGGAAUGGAAAAAGAAUUCUUGCCUUUUAACUCGGAAGUCAUGUGAAUAUGGUAACCGGCUACUGCAUCUUCAGAAACAAUACGAGUCGAUGGGUGUUGAAGAAGGAGGACUACGAAUAGAAAAUUUGAAGCAGAUAGAAAAGAACGUUGAAGCUUUAGGAGAGUUAUUGGAGACAAAACGACAAAAGCUGCAAAUAUACCAAGAAAUGCCACCAGACUUACAAAUGGCACAACUUAAAUUGGACCACGCAAGAGAAGCGCUUGUUGAACUUCGAGAGACUGAAGCAGAAUUGGCCGAAGCUAUCGCAGAGACAGUUCAAUGA